AUGGACGCGCUGUUGCGGGGGUUGGGGAGACGGCAGGGUGCGAUCGAUGGGGGAGGAGAUCGCAGACCGACUGAGAAUGUCUGGAGAGCUAACUUGAGGACUACUAAGUUCGGCGAUCUUGUCGUGGAAUGGAACAAUGCGGACCCUACCUCCAUUCAGCGGGCGAAGGAGCGGGUACUUUCACAUAUCCUAACAUUCGAGCUAUCCGUGGAUGGAGGCGAAACAGAAAGACAAGCUGCAGAGAAAGACGAAGAUACGAUGGAGUUGUCUGACUCACUCGACAUUCUGUUGCCUGAUGUCUUCCACAUUGAUCUUGAACGGUUGCAGUCCAAUGAGAAACUGCAGGCAAACUCCUUUCCCUUCCCUUUCAACCUCCUGAGCAACCUCAAGUCUGUCAAGUUCCUGAGCGAGGAGAUGAUCGAUGAGACCAUACUAGAAGCAUUCUCGCGCGUAUGCCUGGAUGUUUUGGAUCUCUCUGGACAACGGCUAAAGCAGGUCGGCGUCGACGACAUGCUAGUGAACGGGUUCAAGAACUUGACGAGGGUUCGACUGAGACGGAACAACCUCACACAACUGCCAGUCAGCGCGAUUUGUAACCUUCCACUAUUGACGGAGCUCGAUGUGAGCGAGAAUCGGCUCACUGAAGCUCCCUCCAACCUCCUCCAGCUCUUGCCCAGGCUUGAGAUCCUCAACCUGGAGAGCAACAAGCUAACGGUCCCAUCUUUUGAUUUCCGUGACGCUGUCCUGCGGUCUCUCCUGCUGGGGAUCAACAAUCUAGAGUAUCUCCCCACCCUCGCUCCUCUGUCCUGCUUGGUCGAGUUGUCCCUUUGCACCAUUCGAGUUUCCCAAAAGGACGCGAGGAGACCAGCUCGAGAGACCUUCGAUACGUUGAGUAUCACAGCUGAGGUCGUGCUGAAGGGAACAACAUGGACGUCCAUCCUGCCAUGGAGCCAGGAGGCUGAGAAGCAGAUCAAGUCAGCUCUCCUUCUGCUCCUACGAUCCAGCGCGAGCUUCCAUCCUCUCCUCUCCUCCUUCCUUGCGCUUCUGGCCAACGAUGAGAAGAGAGUAGCUGGAGCUGGAACAACAAGGGGGGGAGGUCUCAAGAACAUCAUCGCCAUGUGUCAAGCGCCAGAACCGGUCUGUCUCGACGCUCUCGUCGCCAUCGCUCGCUUCGGAGAUAAACGGGAGGAUCUCGCGCAGGAGCUCAUCGAGCUCGGAACCAUCAAUCACUUGCUUGAGUUCGUCCAACCAUCGGGCUCGAGCAUGUGUCUGUAUGCCCUUCAAGCUCUUCGCUCACUUGCAGCCGUCGGAGAUGCUACUUCCCAGCAAAUCCUGCUUGGCUCGCAUUCGAGGAAAGACCAAUAUUCUUUCUUCAUGAGGACUGUGACUGCCCUGCUCACAUCCUCCUCUUCUUCUCCCUCUGCCAUCCGCCCUCCACCGCUCUCUGUUGCUGGUUCAUCAGGAAACGCUGAGAACGAGAAGAGUGAGAUGAUAGAAAUCUGUAAGGCAUGCGCGCUGCUGCUUGUCGGCGACCUGGCGUUCUCAGAGCGAUGCAGAGGAAGGCUUUUGCAGGACGACGUCUUGCUCCAACACCUCAGAAUGCUUGCAGAGGAGGACGAAGACGAGGACGAGGACGAGGACGAGGACGAAGGGGACAAUCAGGAGGGGGGAAGGAAAAGCCUUGCAACGCAUGUCGCAGCACAUGGCAGGGCUGAAUGCACUACUGGGGUCGAAGGAGAGAAACUGGGCUGGUGGGAGAAGUGGAGCGUGAGAGGAGGAGCACGACGGGCGCUUGCCAUUCUCGGGCAGAUUGACGUGCUAAGGGCAGCACAGAAGCUGAGCAUGGUACACCAGAGAGGAGUUCGUAUCCUUGCCAUCGACGGGGGAGGAGUGAAAGGGAUCGCUGCGAUCCGCCUUCUCGCUGAGAUCGAGGCUCGCUGCCAGUCUCCUCUCUACAAGUUGUUCGACUUGGUAGCAGGGACUAGCGCGGGAGGGAUCAUCGCAGCCGCUGUGAGCAACAAGUUCAGUAUGGUCGAGUGCGAGAAGCUCUACAACAACUUCGUUCGCAAGGCUUUCUCGGUGGUGAUGGAGGGUCAGGCCAGCAGCCCGAUGGGCGAGGAGGAGGGCAGCGAACCAGGAGCCUCCUCCUUCUCUGCAGCAGCCGCUUCCUCGUCAUGGUGGCAGAAACUCAUGCAGUCCGGCUCCUCUUUCAAGAGAUUCGUGGUGACCGGGGCCAAGUACGAUUCUACCCCCUUCAUGCAGGGCCUGCGGGAGGGGUUUGGCGAGGUAGCAGAUCAAAGCAUGAUCACCUCCUCCAUCAUGCCCGAGGUCCCAUGCACAGCCAUCGUCUCCUCGCAGUGCUCCGUCCGCCCCCUCCGCCCCUUCGUCUUCCGCUCCUACCAGCACCCUCCUGGCGUCAGGGCUAGGUUUGCCGGUAAGUGCCAGCACACUUGGCUGGAGGCGAUGCGGGCAACGUCGGCUGCUCCUCUCUUCUUCGAGGAGUUCUCGUGUGGGGGGGAGAGGUUCCAGGACGGAGCUGUCUGCUCCAACAAUCCCAGCGUGGUGGCGCUGAGCGAGGCGCAGAGGAUAUGGCCUGGGAGGAGGAUCGACACAGUGAUCUCGGUGGGGACGGGUUUGGCGCCUACGGAGAGGAGGGAGCUGAAGCGUUCAGGAGGGCUAGGGCUGAUCGAUACCUUCGGAGAGUUCAUGGUGGAAGCGGCGAUCAGCACUGAGAGAGUGGCAGAAGCAAUGGAGACUUUCGCUCCCUUGCUCCCUCAGACCUCAUUCUUCCGCCUGCAGGUGGAAGACAAGAGUUGCUCGGUGGACAUCGACGAUACCUCGGCCGAAGUUCGGCAGGGCAUCUGCGCCGCAGUGGAAGAGUAUGUCAGGAGGAACGAGUCUGUGUUCCAAGACAUUUGCAAAGUUCUACAGAGCGAUCCUCCCUUUCCUUCGCCUGUACCUCCUCUCGGUGGUGAUGAUAACCCUACUGCUCCUCUCCCUCCUCCUACCGUGGGUGCCGGGGGAAGAAGCAAAGUUGGGCUCGGAGCGAAGAUCAAGGUUGUCCUGAUCGACUGCCAGACAAGUAAGCAGGAGGACAGGCUGCUGCAGCUGCUUCAGAGCUUGCAGUCGCUGGACAUGCAGGUGGAAUACCGGGGGCUUUCUUCCCUGGCAGAUGAUUCUUCUUCUUCCAACGACCUCCUCUCCUCCUCUUCUUGCUCCUCCUCCCACAACGCUCCUCCCUGCGUUCUGCACUUUGCUUGCAAGAUGUCAGAGCACACAGGAAGUCUCCUGCACGGGAAGGAGAAGAGGCCGGUGGUGAUUCCUCUUGAUCAGAUGCAGUCACUCCUGCAAGGUGUCUUCCAAGGCGAAGACAAGAGCAGGUCCAAGGUCCAGCCUAUCACUCCUCCCCUCCCUCCUCUCUCCUCCGAGGAUUCCUCUCUCCCUCCCUCCCGAGCUUGCAAGUCCCUGCCCACGAGCCCCUCGUGCGACAGCGGCAGGCUUGCAUCCUUCUUCCCCUCGCAGAGGAGUAGAGGUUGGAGUAGGAACGGUCACUCCACUCCUUCCUCGCGCCUCGAUCAAGCGGCCAAGGAGCGCAUCCUGCACCACGUCACCUCCAAGCGGUGA